AUGCAAUCUUUGCCUUACCCUACUAGUGUACGGGAGGUUCGUUCUUUUCUUGGUCAUGCAGGUUUCUACAGGAGAUUUAUAAAGGAUUUCUCAAAGAUUAGCAAUCCAUUGUGCCGAUUGUUGCAAAAAGAUGUGACAUUUGAAUUCGAUGAUGUAUGCAAAAAUUCAUUUGAUGCAUUAAAAGAUAUGUUGACAUCCGCACCAAUAAUUCAGUCACCAAAUUGGGAUCUUCCAUUCGAACUUAUGUGUGAUGCCAGCAAUUAUGCAGUUGGUGCUGUACUUGGGCAAAAAGUUGGAAGAGUUUCACACGUUAUCUAUUAUGCUUCAAGAACACUUGAUAUUGCACAAAGCAAUUAUACCACAACAGAAAAAGAACUUUUAGCUAUUGUCUUCGCUUUAGAAAAAUUUCGUUCGUAUUUACUUGGUACUAAAGUGAUUGUUUAUUCUGACCAUGUAGCUCUAAAGUACUUGCUUUCAAAGAAAGAAGCAAAGCCCAGACUUAUUCGAUGGAUGCUCUUAUUACAAGAGUUUAACUUGGAGAUACGAGAUAAAAAGGGUGCAGAAAAUUUAGUUGCUGAUCACCUUAGCAGGCUGAUCACAAGUGAAAAACCUUCGCCAUUACAAGAUGAUUUUCCUGAUGAACAUCUUUUUUCUGUCCAAAAGACAAUUCCCUGGUAUGCUGAUAUUGUGAAUUACUUAGUUACCAGAACAUUACCCGCUGAUUUAUCUAAAUCUCAAAAAGAUAAAAUAAAGAGUGAUGCUAAAUACUACGUUUGGGAUGACCCUUAUUUGUGGAAGCAUUGUUCUGAUCAAAUAAUCCGCAGGGAUCAAAUGCCACUUACCCCUAUUCUUGUUUGUGAAAUAUUUGAUGUUUGGGGUAUUGAUUUUAUGGGACCUUUUCCUUCUUCUUACCAUAAUGUCUACAUUAUUCUUGCUGUCGAUUAUGUGUCAAAGUGGGUCGAAGCCAAGGCUACCCGGACUGACUCUGCUAAAGUUGUUGUUGAGUUUGUUAAAUCUAAUAUUUUUGCCAGGUUUGGGAUGCCAAGAUCAAUAAUAAGCGACCGUGGAACUCAUUUUUGGAAUAGAAUGGUGGAAGAAUUGAUGAAAAAGUAUGAUGUUACUCACCGUAUUUCUACAGGUUACCAUCCACAAUGCAAUGGACAAGCCGAAAUCUCAAACAAGGAAAUCAAGUCCAUACUUGAAAAGACUGUUAACCCAAACAGGAAAGAUUGGAGUACACGACUUGAUGAUGCUUUAUGGGCUUAUCGAACAGCCUACAAAACUCCAAUAGGUAUGUUUCCUUAUCGUUUAGUAUUUGGUAAACCGUGCCACCUUCCAGUUGAGUUGGAACACAAGGCGUAUUGGGCCGUUAAGCAAUGUAACAUGAGGAUGGAUGAAACUGGUUCGUUGAGGAAGUUGCAGCUGCAAGAGCUUGAAGAAAUUCGUAAUGAUGCAUACGAAAGCUCUAGAAUUUACAAGGAAAAAACAAAAGCAUUUCAUGAUCAAAAGAUUUCCAGGAAAAUAUUUUCUAUUGGUCAAAAAGUUUUACUUUAUCAUUCUAGAUUGAAACUAUUUCCUGGUAAAUUACGCUCUAGAUGGGUAGGACCUUUUGUUGUCACUAAUGUUUUUCCUCAUGGUGUAGUUGAAAUACACAGUUUAGAAACUAGAAAAACUUUUAAAGUGAAUGGUCAUCGUUUAAAGCCAUUUUAUGAAGGUUUUCAGGCAUAUAACGUUGAGGAGAUUGGUUUGCAGUACCCCGUUUAUGAAGAUUGAAAGGAGAUGAUGUCCAGCCAGUGACAUGCCACUUAUAAUCAGGGGAGUUUGUUCCAUUCUUUAAAUAAAUUUGUUUACUUGUCUUAAUUUUUUUAA